AUGUCCGUCCAGGUGCUCAGCAGGCCGGCGAACGGCAACGGCAACGGCAACGGCAACGGCGUGGAAGCGGACGAUGGCUCCGAUGAGCUGUACAUUGAGAUGCUGGGUGCGGGUCAGGAGGUGGGAAGGAGCUGCUGCGUGAUGCGCUACAGAGGUGAGCUCGGGUGAUGGUGCAUUAGCGGGGCCAUGUAUGCGCUUCUUUGAGCGUCGAGGAGGGGUGGACGGGUAGGCUGGUCAUCUUGCGCGUGGCUACGCCCUCGACCUGCGCUGUGCCAUUGGCUCGCCUGCUCCCUAUUGUGCCUCUGCCUUUCGCAAUUGACAUGACUCCUCCUCCUUCUCAUCUGCCGCCGCUCGCAGGCAAGACGGUGGUGUGCGAUGCAGGUGUUCAUCCAGCAUUUCAGGGCAUCGCAGCGCUGCCAUUCAUCGACGAAUUGGAUUGGAGCACCGUCGAUGCGCUGCUCAUCACCCAGUGAGUAGCAACCCGCUAUGUUCUCCUCCGCGCGCCGCUUAGCGACUACUGACCACGAUGACCAACGCACAGCUUCCACUUGGAUCACGCCGCAGCGCUCACGUACAUCAUGGAAAAGACGAAUUUUAGAGAGGGAAACGCAAAAGUGUACAUGACGCAUCCAACAAAGGUGCGCGAGAGGCUAUUCGAGGACCUAAUCCUGACCUAACGCUGACGCUCUUCGCAACUAAUCAGGCCGUCUAUCGCUUCCUGAUGUCCGACUUUGUGCGAAUAUCGUGAGUAGAUCGCCUGCUUGUGACGAGGCCCCUGCUCACCAUGCACACUCUUGCCCCACAGCAAUGCUGGCAAUGCAGACGAUCUCUUUUCCGAGAGCGAAAUGCUGGCAUCUUGGAGGUCCAUCGAAGCUGUAGACUAUCAUCAAGAGGUGCCAAUCGCAGGUGGUCUCAGCUUCACCUCCUACCACGCGGGACACGUGCUUGGUGCUGCCAUGUUCCUGAUCGAUAUCGCUGGACUAAAGAUUCUGUACACGGGCGACUUUAGUCGAGAAGAGGAUCGACAUCUCGUACAAGCUGAAGUGCCAUCACAGAGACCGGAUGUGCUCAUCUCCGAGAGUACCUACGGCGUGCAGAGUUUGGAACCGCGGCUGGACAAGGAACGUCGCUUUACCAGUGAGUGGCGGUGAUGCCUCUCGGACCGUCACGCAAGCGUCACGCUCAUCUGGCCCUGUUUCUCGCACACAGCCAUGGUACACAACAUUCUGUCUCGCGGAGGCCGCGUACUGCUGCCAGUAUUUGUGCUGGGUCGAGCGCAAGAAUUGCUGCUGCUAUUGGACGAGUAUUGGGCAGCCAAUCCAUCGCUUCACUCCAUCCCAAUCUACUACGCCAGCAGUCUUGCUCGCAAAUGCAUCAGCAUUUAUCAGACGUACAUCCACACCAUGAACGAGCACAUUCGAUCUCGCUUCAAUCGCAGAGACAAUCCAUUCGUCUUCAAGCACGUGUCCAACCUCAGAGGACUGGAUCGAUUCGAAGACAAGGGACCGUGUGUCAUGAUGGCCAGUCCAGGCUUUAUGCAAAGCGGUGUCAGUCGCGAGCUGCUAGAGCGGUGGGCUCCCGAUCGCAGGAACGGCCUCAUCGUGACGGGAUACAGCGUGGAGGGCACAAUGGCCAGGGUGAGUGGCAACGCUCGCUGCACACAAGCGCACGCUCACGACGCUCGCACUCUCGACAGAACAUUCUCCUGGACCCCGACGAGAUCGUCUCCAUGGCAGGUCAAAAAAUCCCACUGCGCAUGUCGGUAGAAGAAAUAUCCUUUUCUGCUCAUGUCGACUUUACGCAAAAUUCUCGCUUCAUCGACGAAGUCAAGGCAAAGCAUAUAGUGCGUCUCACGACGAUUCGUGAGCAUGCCCCAUCGCUGACGCGUCAUCCCACAGGUGCUGGUACACGGCGAGCAGAACAACAUGUCGAGGCUACGAGCAGCGCUGCAAAGCAAGUUCGCGGAGCGCUCAGAGGAUGUCAAGAUCCAUACGCCACGCAACUGCGAGCCCCUGCGCCUGAGGUUCCGGGGCGAAAGGAUGGCAAAGGUGAGCGGGGAUCGAGCGUGUUGCCCUGACAGCCACUGACUCUUGCCGUCGUACAGGCAAUCGGUCGGAUAGCGGCAGAACAGCCAAAGAACAAUACACAAUUGUCUGGUUUGCUGGUCGCGAAAGAUUACGCAUACACACUGCUCGAUCCAGCAGAUUUGGCAGAUUUUACAGGUCUGCACACCUCGUGCAUCACCCAGCGUGCUCGUCUGAACCUCGCCGUCGGAUGGGAUCUCAUCCGAUGGCACCUAGAAGGCAUGUACGGCCAGCUGCAAGAAGGUCAAGACCUCGAGGGCAAACGCACGCUGCGCGUCAUGGGCGCAGUCGAUAUCAAGCAAGACAAUCGACCUGGCGAGAUCGUGCUUGAGUGGAAAGGCAGCGCUUCGAACGACAUGGUCGCUGAUUCGGCUGUGGCCUUGCUCUUGGGUGUCGAUUCGAGCCCUGCGAGCGUGCGCUUGACUACGCAUCCGCACUCGCAUUGCCACGACGAAAAAUCUCGUGCAGAGUCUGCAGAGGAAGUGCUGCUGCUAGAGCGGACGGAAGAGGUCGCCAGCUAUCUGGAUGGGUACUUUGGGGAUGUGGAGGAGACGUUUGUGGGCAGCGACGAGGAUGAAAAGAUGGAAGUUGAUCAAGCGAGUGCGGAGCCAGUCGUCAAGGAGGAGGUGCAGGAAAUCAAGACGGAUCCUGAUGUACCGAUGACGGAAGAGAAAAGGGCAGAUGCCGAGGCGACGAAUGUACGAGCGGAUGGUGACGCGGCGGCGGCCCCAACACCUCCCACUGCUCCGCGCGCCAUGCAGAAGGACCCCAUCGAUGACCUAAAAGGCCCGCGCAGGGCAGCUCUGUUGGUGCGAGUGGAUAAUGACCGAGCAGUCGUAGAGAUUGACACCUUGGUGAGAGGCGAGAGAGCCAUCUUCGGCUUCACCACGGGCUGACACUCCUUCAUCCUUUUAGACGGUCACUUCGCGCUCGACGACGUUGAAGCAGCGCGUGGAAAAGUUGGUGUCGAUGGCAGUCAGAGCGAACUUGUCCAUCAGCGACUACCACACAACUACACCAGCAUUGGAUACUCAGCUGUUUUUGGGCCAGCAUGUGCAACCGCUCGAGCCGGGCAGCAAAGAAGCCUUGGAGUCUAUCGGCCCUCGCGCUGGAGCCAUUGAAGCGGCAAUGGCGUGA